UAGGACAACGCACUUCCCCUUUCAGAUUCUCUCCAUGGUGCUCCAGAUGAUACCGUUGAAAUUGGGACGAAUCAGCUUGCAGAUUUGCAGUGGCUAUCUUGCCUACGUCUUCAGAAUGUUUCUUUACAAGAGCCGGCAGCGUUUGAUCUUCAGCGUUCCAAGCUUGCAUAUAUCUGAUGAGCUUCGAGCUUGAGGCGUCAGCGGUCGCCAUGGAGCAGGUCGCCUCCUACCUGUGCCUUAUUUUGGCCGCUCUCCUCCUCCCUCUAUUGUUCCUCAAGCUCAGCAGGCGCGGCGGCAAUGGUGGAGGCCAGAGGCUGCCCCCGGGCCCGUCGCGGCUGCCGCUCAUCGGCAGCCUGCACCACUUCCUGCUCUCCCGCAGCCCGCUCGCGCACCGCACCAUGGCCGACCUCGCGCGGCGCCACGGCGCGCCGCUCAUGUACCUCAGGCUGGGCGAGGUCGGUCUCGUCGUGGCCUCGUCCCCUGCCGCCGCCCGGGAGGUCAUGCGUGCACACGACACCGCGUUCGCGUCGCGGCCCUGGAUCCCCAGCAUGCGGCCGGCCAUGGAGCGCGGCGCCGUGGGCCUGGUGUUCGCGCGCCACGGCCCGCUGUGGCGGCAGCUCCGCAGUGUCAGCGUCCUCGAGCUGCUCAGCGCCCGGCGCGUGCGCUCGUUCCGCCGGGUCCGGGAGGACGAGGCGCGCCGCCUCGUCGCCGCCGUCGCCGCGGCGCCGGCGCCGGGCCCGGGCGGCGAGGCCGUCGUCAACGUCGGCGAGCUGCUCGCCGCGCUCACCACCGACGUCACGGUGCGCGCCGUGAUCGGCGACCGAUUCGACCGGCGGGAGGAGUUCGCGCGGGCGGUCGAGGAGGGAGGCAGGCUCAUCACCAGGUUCAGCCUCGGCGACCUCUUCCCGUCGUCGAGGCUCCUGAGAUUCCUCAGCAGGAAAGCGGGUCAGGCGAUGGAUCUCCACCGGAAGAUGUUCGAGCUCAUGGACUGCGCCAUCAGGCAGCACGAGGAGCGCCGGGCGGCCGUGGCCUCCGCGCCGGAUGGCACCGUGAAGGAGGAGGACGAGGGCAUCCUUGGCGUGCUCCUGAGGAUACACAAGGAAGGUGGCCUUGAGGUGCCCCUCACCAUGGACAUCGUCAAAUCUCUCAUUCUUGACCUCUUCAGCGGCGGGAGCGACACGUCAGGGAGCACGCUGGAAUGGGCCAUGUCGGAGCUCAUGAGGAACCCAAGAGCAAUGGAGAAGGCGCAAGCCGAGGUGCGGAGCAAGCUCCAUGGGAAGCCGUCGGUGAUCGAGGACGACCUACGUGACCUUAAUUACCUGAAGCUUGUCAUCAAGGAGACUCUCAGGCUGCACCCGGUACUGCCAUUGCUGUUGCCAAGGGAGUGCGCGGAGGACCGCGAGGUCAUGGGCUACGACGUGCCCAAGGGCGCCACGGUGUUGGUGAACGCGUGGGCGAUCGGCAGGGAUCCCGAGUACUGGGACGACGCUGAUGCGUUCAAGCCGGAGAGGUUUGAGGAUGGCAAGAUCGACUACAAGGGUACGGACUUCGAGUUCAUACCAUUUGGAGCUGGACGGAGGAUGUGCCCCGGAACUUUAUUUGCUCAAGCCGUCAUGGAGCUUGCGCUUGCCUCCCUCCUCUACCACUUCGACUGGAAGCUUCCAGGUGGGAUGAAGCCAAGCGAGCUGGACAUGACGGAGAAGAUGGGCAUGGCAGUCAAAAGAAAGGACGAUCUUUACCUUCGCCCUGUUGUUCGUGUGCCGGUGCCUCCACAGUCCACAGAUAGCACCGUAAGUUUUUACACUUCAUAGAUGGCAGUCAGUUGACAAUCACCAAAUUAAAUAACUAAGAGACCUUUUGUGGAGGUAACGAGACGUACUUUUUCCGUUUUCAAAAUGUAAUGUGUGAUUUGUUACGUUGGCAUCUCCAACAUCAUACUUUAAUAUAUAUUGAUGUUGUAAGGUUAUCAUAUUAAA